AUGUCUGACGACUGGGGGCUGCCUCCUUGGGAGGAACCGAUUGUGAUCAUGGCUGCGAACAAACUUGUUUUAUUCCGGGCCAUCGAGAAGGGCCCCGAAGACGUCGCGCAGCUGCUUUUCAAGGAAUACGCCGAAGUCGAUGCACUUGAUGGCCAUGGACGCACGCUCUUGCUACAAGCUAUCGCAAGCAAAAACCAAGCUCUGACAGAGCAGUUGUUGAAGACCGGGGUCCCUGUUGACUUAUUCGACUUCCAUGGUCAUACGUCGUUGAUACUGGUUGCUCAAAAUGGGUCUGCUCCCAUCGUCAGCUGUCUACUGAAUACCGGUGCCAAUCCAAAUGCCAGAGACUGGCACUAUGGUCGCACAGGAUUGUCAAGGGUAGCGGAAAAGGGGAAUGAAGAUAUCGUGGUCAUAUCUGCUGCCCAGACUUGCUCAGUCCCUUUUGCAACACCUUCGACGGACGCAAUGCAAACCUGA